CUCUCAGACAUCGAAACCCUGAGAUCCAAAUACUUUGCUUCUGUUCUGUAAAAUCGCAUUUGGUCUGUGGAGAUCUCGGUCCUACCUUUCCCACCGAUUCCGUCCUGAUAAAAACGAUGAUCGAUGAUCAAGACUUGGGGUUUAUUGCCAAUUUUCUUGGCAUAUUCAUCUUCGCAUUGGUAAUUGCUUAUCACUACGUAACUGCUGAUCCAAAGUACGAAGCCACCUGAGCUGAGUGAUGGAUUUUAGAAUGGUGUAAGGGCUCUUUUUAGUUUAUAGUAUCUAUUUCAAACUGAUAAAGAGAAAUCAUAACAGUCUUGUUGAGAUGAAAAUGUUGUUAAGAUGUUCCUAAUCCAUUUUCAUUCUCCACUAUA